GGGGUUGCAGCAGGAACAGCAGGAGGUUGCAUUGUUCGAGAAAGCAAAAUUAACCGUAGCUUUCAUAUCGUACGAAGUAAUAAGUUUGAUGCAUGCGGUGAAUUCCUGCAACGCAAUGGUGAACAUCAAUUAUGGACAAAAAAAAUUUUUCACGCUUUCGCUAGUAACUUCUGGUGCCAGGCCAGAUAAAAACAAAGAUGAUACUCUGGAUGCUGGUCUAAGGCUGCAUAUAUUUACAUUGGAGCCUCUCAAAGGUUCAGGUCGACUGGAUUUAUCAACAGUCCGAGUAGCGAUGGGCGCUGAAUUCACGAUGACAGGGGAGUUGGCCGCAGGCAGUGCGAAACUGUCGUCAACUGGUUCAGCACUAAGAUUUUCCAGGAAUUACGAUUUCGUUGUUUGCAACCACAUUAUGGAUUUUGCGAGGUUCCUCGUUAGAUGUCACUGA